GCGGUCGGUUGCUUUGGGCGUACGAGAACGCUGGUCGUAUCUUAAAUUCUCUGUGUAUGUAUAUACAUAUAUAAGCCAGCGGAAGAAACAUUAAACCUUUGCCUUUACGAAACCAUUUGCUCGACGAUCGCUCGAAACUAUAGUACACGUAUUCUCCGAUUCUCCACGUAACAAGCUAGUCGGAGGCAGACUUGGGUCAAAACGUUUGUUGUUGUGCAACGUGUCUUUAAGUUGAAUACAAUGUGAUUAAGAAACGACGUUGCGGUGUUAUCGUGACCGAAACAAGAAGAACCAAGUGGGUAAAAGUGUACAGCGAAGCGAAUUGCUGUUUCAAACACGCUCGAAUAUGUGCUAGUGUUGUUCGUUCGAUUCCAGAAAGCGGAGCAUAAGCAAAACUUGAUGAUCGUUCGACGUUCGAGAAAAGGAGAGGCCCAAGAGAAGGGGAAGGAUACAUCGUGCGUAUUUACCCAGUGAAUCACGCGUUCUAUGCGAUUACGAGACCACGGCUGGUAGUAUAGGCCAUCUAUGUUUAUACGAACGUUCCUAAAUACGUUCGUAAACAUUGACUGAAUGUCGAGUCAGAGGAACCGUGUACGCCGGUCGAGCAGUUUAGUUACCUGUGUCGAUUUACGUACGCGAGAAACGAACGUGUAGCUCCAUAGAAAAGAGGCGCAACAACAACGUUCCGUAUGUAACUAGAAAAAAAGAGAGGUAGAAAGGGAAAGAAAGAGAGAGGGCAAUAACACGUUGGCCGAGAGAGCGCAGACUUUAUUACGAACGCCUGGCUUUUGCUCGGUAUCGCCAGACGUGGAGGUGUAAACACGUUCGUGCCACUGCCCUUUUGUUCUCGUAGCCGGCAAACGGGGGAAAGUACGACAUGCCAAGCGCCGAGGAAACCACAUACUUGAUCGAAGUGAUGCCAGACACGACGCAGGAUUUCCUUUCUCGCGACGUGGAUCUCCUCGUCUCACAGAUCAAAGAGAAUCUUCGAUUAUCCAGCCUCAAGGCUAAAUCGAGCAUCGGUCACAAAAACCGACCCUCGCCCUAUCAGAUACCGUCGAGGUCGUGGGCAGAUCCGAGUAGCUGCGAGGUUUGCGGCACGAGGAACACCGGUGCCCACGAUCAUCGCCAUCAUAUAAGCCAUCACCACAAAAGACCCAACACCAGGGAGGACGAUCCUUACGCGCUCUUGCAGGAAUUGUUAAGAAAAGGUGGUUUAAUAAAAGAGGCCGUGAAGAGACUACAAGCGAAUCUGGACGAGCUAGAAAAUUCAGAAGAGGAGGAUAACCAACAGCCGACCGUCUACCGAAGGAAACCGUACUUUUAUGAUUCCGAGGAUGAACAAUUGCAACCUGUGUACGAGCCGCUCGAACUGUGAAAAUAAAUCGUGUGUCGAUUUCGUUCGUGUGGGAUUUAAAAAAGAAAAAAUUCUCGGUACGGAUCAGGAUUUGAAACUUUUCGUUCUCCUUUAACGGUCGUUUCUUUCGUAAGUGCGUGCAAAGUGUCGUUAGACGAAAGAAAGUACUACGAGGUAAACAUAAUUAGCCAAGAACUCGCCUUACAUGGCCGUGUUUGUAAAUAUGAUGGUAUGUUGUUAUUCGAAGCAUCUCGCAAGCGACUUCGGCCGACUUCGGCAAAGAUCGCCGACGUAUCGACGAUCCACGAGGCUUACGUGGAAGACUUAUGGCCGCCUCGACUCGAGUUCCCGGGCUCGAUUUACGUGACAACGUUUCAUCGUUUCGUCCCUCUUUAAAUAGAAAGAGUUCCUUGAGUGCUGCUCGUGUCUAGGGUAACAGAAGAAUUCCUAACAAUCAGUGACGAAAUUUAAACGAAAAAUCAUCUUGUGUAGUUGUUCGGUCGUCUUGUUUUUUUCUAUUUAUGUCGAACCGUUCUAUCAUAUUUUCGAUCUUUAAACACGCACGGUAGCUAUUUAAAUGAAUGAAAGCUUAGUAAACAAUAACACGGUAAUCUGUCUAAACCCGUACAUCCAUGCAAACUCGUCUGUUACCUCUGUUAUACAAAUUAUAGAUUUCGUAGUAACGUCAAGUACGGGAAACGAAUACGCGUAUUAACGGGAAAAGUAUCCUAUAGGGUAUUAGUUGAAAAUUUUAUUCGAGUUGUUCGGAUUGUCCGGUUAUUGCUAGAGAAAUAUACAGAGUAAAAUCGUCUGAGAAUCAAUCAACGAAAUAGAACACGUUUGCGCGCAGAAGCGUCGCGACUCGAAGGGUAGUGAUCUCAUUUAUUUGUUGGCAAACAGCGAUAUUCCGUUGGUUCGGUUAUUAUAUUCGAUUAUUGUCUACGAUCUUAUGCUGGCGAUUUGACCGUUCAAAGUAUUUAGCAAAUAUUAUUUAAGAGACGAAACAAAUAACGCGGGCGGACGAACAUGUUAUUACGACGACCGGUAAGCUUUACGUUCGCUCUGCAUAUUUAAUACAUAGUUAUUUAUCACUAACGAUUGUUAGCGACGUAACAAAUGCUGUACGCGCGUGUAAAUUUAUUGUAUAUACAGUGUAUGCGCAUGCGUGCCGGUUUAGCGGUAUAGUAUGAUUCAUUUACGAUAUCGGAACCGGGGACCCGGCGCAGUAAUCGAUUUUUAAGUGGCACUGCGUGUGUUCUAUGCUUGUACACAUACACGUACAUACACACAACAUACAUACACACGCGUUAUCGAGUUCCGCAAGCAAGAUAAACUAGUAAUUAAUGCGUCACACGAAUCCUGCAAACGCAUUGGUUUAAAUCUCCGUUCCGGUGAACAUAUGAUUGUACGUAUGAAUGAAACAGUGCAUUUUUCUUUAAUGCUGUGUGAUCGCGCCUGCGCACGAUGAUUAUCUAGAGGCAAUGAGAGAAUUUGUCUUUGAAUUUACCGUUAUAGUGUAAAUUAAGA